AUGGCAUCGAAGAUCUUGAAGGAUACUGCGACGAAGCAUGAUGUGGAAGUCGACAAUGCCGAGCAACCAGCCUUCAACACAACUCUUCCUGUUACAUGGUACAAAGAUGCAGGCCUGCUCAAGCUCUAUUCUUUGCUCAUCAUCCCACUGCUCAGUGCCACGACGAAUGGUUAUGAUGGCAGUCUACUGAACGGACUACAAACGAUGGAACCUUGGCAGGAUUACUUUGACAAUCCUAGUGGUAGCACAUUGGGUCUGUUCAGCGCUAUCUUGCAAGUCGGAUCUUUCUCUGCCAUCUUCUUCUCUUCAUACCUUGCCGAUCUUCUUGGCCGCAGGGCUGGCAUUACCGUUGGCAUGGUUGUUUUGUUGGUCGGUGUCGUUCUCCAAGUGGUUCCAACAGUAGACACAGGCAUGUACAUUGGUGGCAGAUUCUUGGUGGGAAUGGGAUCUAAUAUUGCACAAGGCUCAGCACCGCUGCUCAUUCUGGAACUUGCUCAUCCGGCUCAUCGAGGCAAGGUUACAACAUUGUACAACACGCUCUGGUGCGUCGGUGCAAUCGUCGCCGCUUGGACUGUCUUCGGAACAACAUCCUAUACCUCAAGUGCAGCUUGGAGAAUCCCAACGGCUGUCCAGGCUGUCAUGCCAUUGAUUCAGCUGAUAGGCAUAUGGCUCCUUCCCGAAAGUCCCAGAUGGCUUGUUUCCAAAGACCGCCACGAACAAGCUCUCGAAGUCCUCGCAAAGUACCAUGCAAACGGCAACGAACAAGACUCUUUAGUUCAGAGCGAAUAUCUUGAAAUCCGCGAGACCCUUCGAGCCGAAAAAGAGUUCUCCGCGCAAGGUUGGAAAGGCAUGAUUUCCAACAAAGGUAACAGGAGACGCAUCACACUCAUCGCGCUUGUUUCUUUCUUCUCCCAAUGCUCUGGCAAUGGACUGGUAUCUUAUUACCUCCACGAUAUCCUCGAGAGUGUUGGCAUGACAGAUUCCUACGACCAAGCUCUCUUUAAUGGAGGGCUCCAGAUAUACAAUUUCUUGGUUGCUGUGCUGUUCUCGGUCCUGCUUGUCGACAAACUCGGACGAAGAAAACUGUUUCUGAUCGCUGCUGGUGGUAUGUUGGUGAGUUUCAGCAUCUGGACGGCGUGUUCGGCCGUAUACAGUCAGACCGGCAACAAAGCAGCUGGAAAAGCAGUCUUGGCCAUGAUCUUCCUCUUCUACGGCAUGGCAGGUUUUGCAUGGCCUGGUCUGACGGUCGCGUACUCCGCCGAGAUCUUGCCCUUUAACAUUAGAGCAAAGGGAAUGGCGUUGCUUAUGGCCUUCCAGUCUCUCGCAUCGGUUUUGAACCAAUACGUCAAUCCCAUCGGCCUCGAGAACAUCGCUUGGAAGUUCUACUUUGUCUACAUCGUCAUUCUGGUCAUUGAGUGUAUCGUCAUUUACAUGUACUUCCCAGAAACUCGUGGACUUACUUUAGAAGAAGUCGGACAUCUUCUUGAUGAUGACGAGAUGAACGAUGUCGUUCAUUCGCGCAUGGAGAAGGUCGCUUCUAUUGAGGUUGUGCAUCACGAAGUGGCCGGAGAGGACAAAAAAAUGUAG